CAUCCACUGGACUCAAGCAGAAUCUUGUACUUUACGGAGGCAUAAACACCACAAAGAAACACUCAUCAUGAAUACCCUUGCAACAAUUGUCGUUCUGAUGAGCCUUAUCGCUGGUAUGAGUGCCCUGACGUGUAACACGUGUGGUUGGAUUACCGGUGUCUCAGACGAGUCUUGCCUGGAUGAAUUCGAUGCCACUGCUUCUAACAGCUCAGUCACAUGUGCGUCUGGAUAUGAUAUGUGCAGUAAAUCUACAACAAAGGUUAGUGGCACAGUAACUAUUCUCGCUCGUGGUUGCUCAACCUCUUGCUCCGAGGCCUGUGUUUCCCUCUUCAGCAUUGAAGGAUGUUCCUAUUGCUGCUCUACCGAUGAUUGCAACAGCGCAACCUCAGUCACCUUGAGCAUUGCUGCCAUGGCCGCUACCGUAAUCGGUGCUUAUGUACUUAUGUAGCACAGUGAAUUUGUCCAGAGUACAUCAGGAAACCUAAUGAAAGCUCUGAAGUGAAUUAGGUCUUAGAGAAAGUUGAUCUGCAAUAUGAAUUUGGAAUACAAUUUCACAAAUACUUUUUAACUGUCUGAACAUAAUAUUUUUUUAUAUUGCAUGUUUUUAACGUAUGUUUUCAAUAACUGUGGCCUACGUGUAGGUGAGUUUUUACAAGAGAAAAUGAGCUGAAAUGCCCAGUAGCGCUCGUUGAAUGGGCAGUGAACCUAAUGCAUCGUUACCAGGACAGUGCAGGGCUCAGUUUUUAGUGAUGUGAUCUCACAACAAUUUUCUUGUUAUGUUUUUUUAUGUAUGUAUCUUUUAU